AUGGACCCAGAUGUGACUGUGAACAGUACAGUUAUUGUGACUGACUUACACCCAUGCUAUGAAAUAAUUGACUUUGGUUACAAACUAACCACCACGCCUUCUGUUAUAUGUGUAAUGUUAUAUGGAUUUCUUAUGCUAUUAUCUACUGUCACUGUAUGUGGAAACCUCCUUGUAGUAAUAUCAAUAAUUUACUUCAAACAGCUUCACACACCCACCAACACUCUCAUUCUGUCUCUGGCUGUGGCCGACCUGCUGGUUGGGAUUUUAGUAUUUCCUCUCAGCAUGGCCUUCUCUCUCAGUUCAUGUACCUAUAAUGAGAGUUUAUUUUGUAAGGUCCGUGACAGCUUUGAUAUAUUGUUUAGUACAUGCUCUAUUAUGCACCUGUGUUGUAUUUCAGUUGACAGGUACUAUGCUGUGUGUCAGCCUCUCACAUAUAGAUCUAAAAUCAGCCGUCAUGUUGUUGCCAUCAUGAUCACAGUGAGCUGGGGUGUUUCUGCGCUCAUUGGCAUCGGAGUGAUAAUUCCUAAAUUAAAAAAUGAACAAUGUUUGGAAAACUGUUUUAUUGAUGUUCUGAUGGCAAACACUAUUGGACCUAUAUUAUCAUUUUACCUUCCAGUGGUCAUAAUGCUUUGCAUCUACCUGAAGAUUUUCCUUGUUGCACAGAGACAGGCACGAAGCAUCCAAAGCAUAAAGUCCAGAGCAACAGCCAGUAAGAUGGAGAGAAAAGCCACCAAAACUCUGGCGAUUGUUCUGGGAGUUUUUCUGUGUUGCUGGUCUCCUUUCUUCCUUUGCAUCACUUUUCUGCCUUUUACCAGUAAUUCAGUACCAAUUCCAGUGAUUGAAACACUUAACUGGUUAACAUUAUCCAAUUCAAUGCUUAAUCCAUUUAUCUACGGUUUUUUUUACACCUGGUUCAGGUCAGCAAUUAAAAUUAUUGCUUCUGGGAAAAUAUUACGAGGCAAUUUUGCUAACUUGAGAUUGUACUGAACAAUAUCAAUAUGCAAGCAGUAGAGAUUUUUUAAGUGAACAUGAACUCAUUCCAAUAUAUUAAAUUUUAAGAAUUUAAGUUAUGCUACAUUUAAAAAUCUUGUUAGAUGAACCAAAUCACAAAUUUGUUGUGUUUGCUGACAUAUUCUUAAACAGUGACCAGUCAAAUUGUGAAAUAGUCUACUGUUAAAGCAAAGGAAGAAAUAUUUCCAAUUUUUGGGGCGUGUGGGGAUUACAUUUUUUGUAACAUUAGUGGCCUUUCUUCAUCAGUAGAUGGACAGAGAGCGAAGGGGAAACCAUGCAGAAAUUGUCCAUUACCCAAAAUAGAACUGAGGACAACUGCAUAGACGACUGUAGUCUCUCAAUAUGGUGCGUCCCUUUCCAGCAUUUGUUUGAGAAAUGUUAUUUUAAUGGUUAACCUUGAUAAAAGGAAUAUAUCUCAAACAAAAAAGUAGAUGGAUUUAUUGAAAUAUUGAAACAGAAAUACAAUUUUGACAAUGAUGCUGUGUUAUACAUAAAA